CCGAAGUUCAAGUCCAGCGGUUUGGCAUCGAUAAACGCACUCGUUCACCACCCAGCACCUCUCUUUCGUGUUUCAAUCGACUAACAGGUCUAAUCGUUCAAGAUGCAUCUUAUGUACUCUCUGGGCCCUGAUGGCAAGCGGGUUUACACCCUGAAGAAGGUCACCGAGGAUGGUCGCGUUACGAAGAGUGCUCACCCCGCCCGUUUCUCUCCCGAUGACAAGUACUCCCGUCACCGUGUGACCCUCAAGAAGAGAUACGGUCUCCUUCUGACCCAGCAAGUCGACAAGGAGGCUGCUAAGCUGUAAACGGGUUGACGGAAAAACAUGAUUGAGAUACAAAAGGUGCUUUGAAUCAUUUAUGGCGAAUGGUGUUAUCUAUGGUCUUUGGACGAUGAGAAACUUUUGUUCGGUUUCUGUGCGGUGCCCAUGGCCGGUAUCUUAGUGUGCAAAAUAUACCAUCCAAGAAUUUGCUCUAUAUUCGUUACCUA